AAGGAGAUCAAUGCCCAUUCAUUCAUUACAUGUCACACAUUAAUCUCUUUGGCUCAAAGACAGAGAGAAAGAAAGAGCCUCCAUAAUUCUAUCUCUUUCUCUCUAGAAAAAAAGAAAAAAAACCUCUCAAGAAACAGAGGGGAAAAAUCAAGAAAAUAUGGCAGUUUGUACAGUGUACACAGCUCAAUCACUCAAUUCUACUUGUUCAAUCUCCACUCCUUCAAAAUCCCACUUAGGAUUUCACCAAAAACAAGUAAUUUUCUACACAAAAAGAACAAACAAAACAAGAAGCACAACAAAUCAUGUGAUAACAUGUUCUGCUUCUGAUGCUGAAAAAACAGUUGUAAUUGGUUUAGCAGCUGACUCUGGGUGUGGGAAAAGUACAUUUAUGAGGAGAUUAACAAGUGUUUUUGGUGGUGCUGCUGAGCCACCAAAAGGUGGAAAUCCAGAUUCAAACACAUUGAUAUCAGACAUGACUACUGUGAUUUGUCUUGAUGAUUAUCAUUCACUUGAUAGGACUGGAAGGAAGGAAAAAGGGGUAACUGCUCUUGAUCCUAGAGCUAAUGAUUUUGAUCUUAUGUAUGAACAAGUUAAGGCUAUUAAGGAGGGUGUUGCUGUGGAUAAGCCUAUUUAUAAUCAUGUUAGUGGUCUUCUUGAUCCUCCUGAACUCAUUAAGCCACCCAAGAUUCUUGUCAUUGAAGGAUUACACCCCAUGUAUGAUGAGCGUGUGAGAGAGCUCUUGGACUUCAGUAUCUACUUGGAUAUCAGCAAUGAGGUUAAGUUUGCUUGGAAGAUCCAGAGGGAUAUGGCUGAGAGAGGACACAGCCUUGAGAGCAUUAAGGCCAGUAUUGAAGCCAGGAAGCCAGAUUUUGAUGCUUACAUUGACACACAAAAGCAAUAUGCAGAUGCAGUCAUUGAAGUGCUCCCAACUCAGCUAAUCCCAGAUGACAAUGAAGGCAAAGUUUUGAGAGUGAGAUUGAUAAUGAAGGAAGGAGUGAAAAACUUCAGUCCAGUUUACCUGUUUGAUGAAGGAUCCACAAUCUCAUGGAUUCCUUGCGGUAGGAAAUUGACUUGUUCUUACCCUGGCAUCAAAUUCACCUAUGGCCCUGAUACCUACUUUGGCAAUGAGGUGUCUGUCUUGGAGAUGGAUGGCCAAUUUGACAGACUAGAUGAGCUCAUCUAUGUGGAGAGCCAUUUGAGCAACCUCUCCAGUAAAUUCUACGGUGAAGUUACUCAACAAAUGUUGAAGCAUGCUGACUUCCCUGGCAGCAACAAUGGAACAGGUUUCUUCCAGACCAUUGUCGGUUUGAAGAUCAGAGACCUGUACGAGCAAAUCGUUGCCAGCAGAGCUGGAGCUCCAGUGCAAACUGCAAAGGCCUAAACUUUGCCAAACUCUAUUGACAGCUAGGCAUCAGAAUCAUCUGUUGUACCUUGUUGUUUCCCCUCUUCCCUAAAUCUUAUUUGCCUACUUCUUUCCGCCACUUUCAUGUCUCAGUUUCAUGGUAGAUAAUUCCCCGUAAAUGAGAAAAUACACUUUGUUAUGUAUUAUUUGUAGCUGGAAAUGUGUUGAGAAUUGUAACAUGGACAAUAAAAGGUUAAAUGAAUUUCAAUUCCAAGCA